AUGGAAGCUUGCUGGAUGUUUACGGAUGACGUACAAGAUAACCUGAAGCCGUCUGACCUGCAGCUUUCCCUGUGGGGUGGGGAUGUGGUCCUUAGCAAACUAGAUCUCAAACUGGAUGUACUGGAACAGGAGCUGAAGCUUCCCUUUACAUUCAUGAGUGGUCACAUACAUGAGCUGCGGAUCCAUGUGCCAUGGACCAAACUUGGCUCUGAGCCUGUUGUCAUCACAAUCAACACUAUGGAGUGCAUUCUCAAACUACGAGAUGGAGCCCAGGAUGACCAUGAGAGUGGCUCCAGCUCCACCAGUCGUAGUGUGUCAGACAGCUCCAAGACCAUAGCCAAGCCCCGACGCAUCCAGCAGGCUGCCCCCAGCGACCCAGACCUGCCCCCAGGAUAUGUGCAGAGUCUGAUCAGGCGGGUGGUGAAUAAUGUCAACAUCGUGGUGAACAACCUGAUCCUGAAGUAUGUGGAGGAUGACAUCGUGUUGUCGGUGAAUAUCACAGCCGCCGAAUGCUAUACUGUGGACGACAUGUGGGAGAGGGCUUUCAUGGACAUCACUGCUCCAGAACUUGUGCUCAGGAAGGUCAUCAACUUUGCCGACUGCACAGUCUGCUUGGACAAAAGGAACGCCAGUGGGAAGAUUGAGUUUUACCAGGACCCUUUGUUGUACAAGUGCUCCUUCAGGACACGGCUUCACUUCACUUACGACAACAUCAACUCCAAGAUCCCAUCAGUCAUCAAAAUUCAAACAAUGGUUGAGAGCCUGAAGUUGUCCAUCACGGAUCAACAGUUGCCAAUGUUCAUUAGAAUAUUAGAGUUGAUUAUUGCUCUUUAUUACGGAGAAAUUGGAGGUCACAAAGAUGGAGAAGGAGAAGAGGGGAGUGGGCAUGUCAAAGAAGCAGAUAUGGAUGUGAAUAUGGAGAGCCCUAUGUCUAGUCCAGACCUCUACAUGCACUCAGCCAACAGUCCAGGAGAGCCAGACCAGGGCUGGGUGUCCUGGGCUUGGUCCUUUGUUCCAGCCAUUGUCGGAGCAGAGGAGGAAGGGGAAGACCUGUAUGAAGAACAAGAAGGAGGAGGCAUCACAAAAAGUCUUCAUCACCACACUCCCAAAGACCCCAUAGUGUCCAUUGGUUUCUACUGCACCAAGGCUUCAGUUACAUUCAAGUUGACUGAGACCCAGUCGGAAAGCAGCUACUACAGUCCUCAAAAAGUCAAGUCCAGAGAGGUUUUGUGCUUGGAAAAUGAGGGAAUUACUAUUGAGGUGCUGAUGAUGGGAGAGCCCUUCUUCAAUUGUCAAAUUGGCUUUGUGGGUUGCCAGGCGCUGUGCCUGAAAAGCAUCAUGGGAGUUCGAGAUUUUGAGGAAAACAUGAAUCGAAAUGAGAAGGAUGCAGUGUUCUUCAUGUGUGGGGACAGCCUGAGCAGUAAAGGCAUGACGUACCUUACUAACUCCCUGUUUGACUACCGAAGCCCAGAGAACAAUGGAGUGAGGGCUGAGUUCAUCCUGGAUGCUGCUAAUCACAAGGAGACCUACACAGAGAUAGCAGGCAUGCAGCGCUUUGGUGCUUUCUACAUGGAUUACCUCUACACAAUGGAGAAUAGUGGUGGCAAAGAGACGCAGGAGGUUUCACUCAUGAGUGGAGAGGAGACCGUCCCAUCCUUCCAAGAGACGUCCAUUAAGCGGCUGGUAGUUGGACCUCUGGACAUUCGGCUCCACAGCAGUGCAGUACAUCGCAUCCUCAAGAUGAUCACGUGUGCCAUGGAUCACGAGUAUGAGCCCUACUGUAAACCCCAGCAAGAAACCAUUGAAGAGAGGCUUGCUCCACCUACUUCAGAAGAAAUUGCAAAAUUGGAAGAGUUCAUUCCAUCUAGAUUGACAUGUUUAACUUUUCAUCAAGUUUCUUUGACUAUUUCAAUGGCAGAAUUCAACCUACUACACACACUAAUGCCUAUUAUCAUGGGGCAAAAGGCUGUCCAGAUGCCUCUCCAUAUACCAGUGUUUCAGCCUAUGCGUCCUCUUCCUUCGGUGCAGUUCAAAGUGGAAAAAGUAAAUGUUGAGCACUCAGUGCCUAUGUAUGCUCCAGAGCUCAUCAGCACAGUGAGCAGCCUGAGUCAGCCUUCAGACAAUCUCCUGCACCACUGCUAUGCACAUCUCUACCUCAAGGUGUUUGGUUUUCAAACUGGUUUGACAUGUCAGGACAGCACUGGGGCCUUCCUCCCUCUCAUCACCAUCAUACCCUCCUUUAGCACUGCGCUCUAUGCCAAACUGAUACAGCUGCCGGAAUACUGGACCAAGCGCUCUUCAGUCCCGACAGCAGAGUGUAUUUUUGAGCUUCCACACUUCACUGUGCAGGCCACCAGAGCCCAGACGCUACUGCUGCAGGCUAUUUACCAAAGCUGGACACAUAGUGUGGUGACAGGAGUCCCACAGGCGCUCAACGAAAGUCUGCUCAAUGAAGUGUUCAAAUCCCCAGGUGUGAAAUCUCAAGGCCUGUCACCAACUCUCGAGGGCUCGCUCCAAAACCUGGAGUUGAAGCUGUGCAGUCGUGCGACGGUGAAAUGUGCGUCUGGGACCGUGGGAGCCGUAAAAGUGUGCGCCAGGACUCCAGGCUUGGGAGAGGGGGUGAAGGAGAAACUGGUUCCUCUGAUCCAGGGUCCGUCUGACACCAAAGAGCUGCACAUGAGCCGCUGGCUUAAUGAGAUCCGCAAGCCCGAGUCUCUGCUGGCCCCUGACCUGCUGGCGUUCUCUGUGCAGGUCCCUCACCACGCAGAUGAUUGCAGGAACUCCGGUGCAGUGCUUCUAGUCAGCGUCCAGGGCAUAGCUGUCAAUGUGGACCCAGUCUUCUGCAAUUGGCUGCUGUACAAUCCUAACCGGGGGAACAGCAGACAGCAGCAAAGCACUUCUGGACCUGUCCCGUUGGUGAAGAGGAGAGACGAUGAGGUCUCUGUUGGGAGCACGCCACUGGCCAAGCAAACCUCCAAUCAAGCAUCAGACUAUGCCAGCAGUCCAGUCAAAACCAAGACUGUCACAGAGUCGCGCCCUCUUUCCAUCCCAAUGAAAGUGAUGCCUGAGAGCCCAGCUGUGGAGUCCUGGACUGCUUCAGAGGAGAGAGUGAAGGAGCUCAUCUCUCAGGCCUGGGACGCUGUCAAACGCCUAACUCUACAGUUGGAGCUUCAGGCCUGCUGUGUGUUUCUGCCCAAUGACAGUUUGCCCUCUCCCAGCACCAUCAUCUGUGGGGACAUCCCUGGGACUGUCCGGAGCUGGUACCAUAACCAGGCCUCUAUGCCAGGGACUCUGGUAGUCUGUCUGCCCCAGAUUAGCAUCAUCAGUGCUGGGCACAGGUACAUGGAACCAAUGCAGGAGCUGCCCUUUGUGGUGUCCAGGCCCAUAUUAGAGGAAGGUGAUGCUUUUCCUUGGACAAUUAGCCUGAGUCAGUUCAGUGUCUAUACCCUCCUUGGACAGCAGCAGAGCCUGAGUCUACUGGAGCCCAUGGGCUGCACCUCUACACUGGCUGUGACCUCCCACAAACUGCAGGGUUCAGAGGGCAGGCAUUCCUUUGUGGUGUGUCUCCAUGUUGACCUACAGCCGGUGCAUGUCAAAUUCUCCAAUCCACAGGUCCAGCUAUUGUAUGAACUGUUUCUGUCCUGGAGCUCCACUUGGGCCCGUCUGCAGAAACGUGGCUUCCUACGUCAAACUUCCAACAUCCCAGAGACGCCUGUAGUGGGCGCUCCAUCCUCCCCUGUGCGCAGCAGUGCUGGAACUGCCCCACCGGACACCAGCACCUGUAGUCCCUCUGCAGACUUUGGCUCCCCCACUGAGGGAGAUUCUGUACCAACUGGAGAUGACAGUCCAUUCGCUGAUACAGUCACUCUGGAGCAGAAGACCAGCACCAUUGGAGGCACCAGCGGGAAGGUCAGCCUGUGGAUGCAGUGGAUGUUACCAAAAGUCACUGUCAAACUUUAUGCUCCUGAUCCAGCUGCCAAGAAAACAGAAAUCUGUGUCAUCAGUGAACUUGAAGACUUGAGUGCCUCUGUGGAUGUUCAAGAUGUCUACACAAAGGUCAAAUGUAAAGUUGGCAGCUUCAACAUCGACCACUACAGGUCAAGGCCAGGGCAAGGCUGGCACUGUGGCCACUAUGAAGGAGUCGUUCUGCAGUGCAAGGAGACAGCUGUGACUGCAGCCAAAGUCCUGGAGGGCUCCCACCAGCAGCAUGGUUUCUUAUCCAUCACCUACACUCAGGCUGUCACCAAAAAUGUUCGUCACAAACUCACAACUCGACCCGAGCGACCACCCCGGAGCAGUGGCACUACUGUGGGUCACAGAGUGUCCCCUGACCCUCUGGCUGACAGCGCACCCCAGUAUCUGAGAGAAAUCCUUCUCACUGCACAGCCUUUUGACACAGUCCUCUCCUGUCCAUUGCUGGCCACUGUGGCGGGGGUUUUUCAGACAGUAAUCCCGAGACGUUACAGGGAGCGUGGGAAGUCGGCCGGUCAGCCAAUGAGAAGCCACACGCUGACCUCACGCAGCCUGCCGCUCAUCUACAUCAACACCAGUGUGAUCAGGGUGUUCUGCCCUGGUUCACAGGACCAGCACUCCCCCGCAGCCGAUCCACUCCUGAAGAAAGAAGACACUCUUGUACUAAAGCUGGGUUCUUUAAGCAUGGCUCCUCAAGCUGACAAUCCUUUGACCCGCACAGUGCUACGGAAAGAUAUCUACCAGCGUGCAUUAAACCUUGGCAUCCUGAGGGACCCCGGUUCAGAAGUGGAGGACCGCCAGUACCAGGUGGAUCUCACGUCCAUCAACAUCGGCACAGCCCAGUGGGAGCAGCUCAAACCGGACAAGGAGGGGGUCAAAGGAGGCCUGUCUGUGGAGACCGAGAGGAGCUCCCAGAACCCGGCACUGGAGUGGAACAUGGCCAGCAGUAUUAGGAGGCAACAGGAGCGAAGGGCCAUCCUCACACCCAUCCUAACGGACUUCUCUGUUCGGGUGACCGCUGCUCCUGCCAUAAUCUUCAGCAAGAAUCUCUCCCCUGAAAGUGCACAGGCAGAGGAGGUGGUGGUGUGUGGUCACUCUCUGGAGGUGAACCUGACCAGCAGCCUCGACUUCUACCUCAGCAUGGCCCAGGUGCAGCUCCUCCAACAGCUCCUACGGGAUAACAUGGUCGGUGUGGAGACAGGCCAGAGAGGAACAGAGGUGCGUCGACAUGAGAAGAAGCUUCACAGUCGUGAUCCUUCAGCAGGUGUGGAGGCCCUGUCCCGUCACAGUGGCGCAGGUCAGGAUAGUGGCUUUGGCAGUGACAGUGCCCACAUACGGAUUGUCCAAAUUGAGCAACAGAGUGGAGCCAGCCACCAUUGCAUCGCUCGGCCAUCCCAAAAGUCCACCAUCACCAAAAACCUGAGCUUCAUUCCCUUUGACGUCUUCCUCACAGCCAGCAGACUGUCUGUCAUGACCUACUCUUGCUCUAGCCUCCCAUCAUCUGACGCCCCUGGUACCCCUGAGAAGAAGGAGCCUACUGAUAAGAUGGGAAAGAGUGCCCUUAACCAGCCUGAAGUGCAAUCAGUCUCCCCUCCAAUCUCUCUGUCUCCGACUCCGGAUGGCCCUUUGGCAGCCACCCAGGGGUCUCUGGCAGGGCUAACAGCUGAGGACAUACUGAACAGUAACACAUCUCAGCCUGCCUCUCCACUGAUGAGGGGCAGCCUGCUCUCACUGGAGGGCCUGCCCAUCCCCAGCCGCUCAUCUGCCCGCCAGGCCCUGGGGGUAACUAUAGUGAGGCAGCCGGGGCGCAGGGGACCCGGGGACCAGCUUUUGGAACCACUGCUGUACCUCCAGGUGAUGCAGCCGUCCAUACUGCUCAGCUGCCAUCACAGAAAGCAGAGGAUAGAGCUAUCUGUGUUUGAUGUGGCCUUAAGAGGAGUGGCCUCAGACUACAAGUGCCUGGACCUGGGGAAAACAUUACCAGAGUCUCUAGAUUACAACGUGUCCUGGCUGCAGACAGUAGCCGCUGAAGUGGACAGUAAAACGGGCAUCCCUCCCCCUCUGCUCUGUCUCCAGCUCAAAGACUUCCUCAAUGGGCCAGCUGAACUCAACAUUGAGCUUUCACGCCCUCUGAAAAUCAACCCCACACUGGCAAAGCUGGAGCAGGCCAAGUCUUAUCUGAAGAAGGUCUAUCCAGGUCACACUUGGGAGACUUCUAGCACCAAAUCAUCAACCAGCUCCUCCAGCCCACGUUCUUCACCCUCCAAAACUCGAACCAGUACCCCCCGACCAGAUACUCACUACCAAGCACCAGUGGGUACUUUUGGGGCUCUAGGUGUCACAUUCCAUAAGGUUUCCCUCCACACGGCCCAGAUUGUGAUAGUGAUGGAGACAGAAGCCCACCCGAAGAAACCAUGUGUGGCCUUAUCCAUGUCUGCAAUGAAAGGGAAUCUCAACAUCAAAUCUGGACCAAGGGCUGAAGACCCAGUCCAGGCUGCGUCAGUGCUUUUGGAGGUGCAGGACUUGCUGGUGAAGACAGGCCUUGGUGAGCGUGUCCAUGUACUGCUGGGACCCUUCUCUUGUCAGACGUCCCUGGAGGCGCGCUGGUGUCGGCACAGCGGCAGCCCUGGACCAGAGCCCGGAGCCCCCAAACUCCUGCUGGACCUGAGGGGGGGCCUACUGCAGAUGUUUUGGGGCCAGGAGCAUCUGAACUGCCUGAAGCUCAUAGAGGAGCACCUGCGCUCAUACCUUCAGUUAGACAGAGGGGAGACAGCAGAGCCAUGUUUGGGACCUGCCUGUCACACACAGCCCCCUGCUUCCCCCGCAUCCCCCUCUCCUCGCACUGAACACAGCUCGGACGACCUGCGUACAGGACACUUCCAGUACAUCCAGGACUCAGCUUUGCAGCGGCAGCCUGGUCCCCAUGAGGUUGUGUUUUAUUGUGAAACUGAAGACUGUCCUGGGGUAAUGCUGUGGAGGUACCCUGAGCCCCGUGUCCUAACCUUUGUGAGAAUUACCCCAGUCCCAUUCAACACCACAGAAGACCCUGAAAUCAGCACCGCAGACCUGGGGGAUGUCCUGCAGGUGCCAUGCAGCCUAGAGUAUUGGGAUGAGCUGCAGCAGGCCUUUGUGCCUUAUCGGGAGUUCAGUCUUUCUGAAAGCAGUCCCUGCCAGCUGCACUUGCCCAGUCUGAGCCUGACGGAACAGCAGAAGGAGCUGGUGGCCUCAGACUUGUGGAGGAUCGUUCUCAAUAACAACGGAGAGGGCGGAGACGAGCAGAGUUUGGACAGUGACUGUGGCUCAGUGCUUCACUGUGAUCAGCUAGUCUCUCCCACGGCCCUGGCCGCCUGCACUCGUGUGGACUCCUGCUUCGCUCCAUGGUUUGUCCCUUCACUCGGGGUGUCUCUAAAACUGGCUCAAAUGGAAAUGCACCUCUGUCAUCACCUAGAGCAGCUGGGCACAGUUCCCCCACAUAGACUCCACCCCUUCCUGCCAGACAGGAAGUUGCCUCAGGAGCAGGAGUUCAUGGUUACCAGUGCCCGGGAGCCACGGGUCCUUUUACGUCAGUGGAGCAAUGGGCCCCGCUACUGUCAAGAGUUCAACUUUUCCACACAAUUGGAAUGCAAGCUUUUAGAGUACCGGAAUCUAACACAACUUCAGCUUCUACAGCCCUGUCUGCUACAGGGUCAGGCCACUGCUACAUGCUGUCCUCAGUCCACCAUGUUAGACGCAAAUGUGUUUGUGGACCCAGUCUUUUUCAGAAUCAGCCAAUAUGCCAUUCACACAGUGGACACAGCUUUGAAAAGCUGGCAACAGAACGGUGAGCCCGAGUCAGAGGAGCUUGUGUACAGCCACUAUGUGAUCUGUAACGACACUCAUGAGACGCUGCGCUUCGGUCAGGUAGACACAGAUGAGAACGUGCUGCUGGCCAGUCUCCACAGUCAUCAGUACAGCUGGAGGUCUCACAAGUCCCCACAGCUGCUGCACAUCUGUAUCGAGGGCUGGGGGAACUGGCGCUGGUCCGAGGCCUUCAGCAUUGACAACGUGGGUACUCUGCUGCGGACCAUCCACUACAAAGGCCGUACUGCCUCACUCAUUAUUAAAGUCCAGCAGCUCACCGGGGUCCAGAGACAGGUGAUAAUCUGUGGCAGGCAGGUGAUGUGCAGUUAUUUGAAUCAGGACAUAGAGUUGCGAGUGGUGCAGCACUAUGUGGGCUCUGACAGUCAGACGGUGGUGAAGGAGCACUGUGACUGCUUGGAGGCUGGGGGAAAGAUGCCCUCUUAUGUGCUGGAGGACGCAGAAAUGACCGAGCUAUGUCUGCGGGCCAAAGGAGACGAAGACUGGUCCCAGGACGUACAGCUAGAAAAAAGGGACAAGACUACCUCCAGCUCUGUGGUUCAGGUGCCUUGUUCCAGUGGAUCAUUGCUGUAUGUCUGGUGCACUCUCAUCACUCUUGAACCUGAUACUCACAUGCAACAGAGAGUGGUGGUGUUCAGUCCUCUUUUUAUGAUGCGGAGCCACCUCCCUGACCCUGUGAUCGUCCAUGUGGAGAAGAGGAGUCUAGGGCUCAGGGAGAGUCAACUCAUCCUGGGGCAGGGCCACCAAGAACCACUGCUCAACACAGAGGCAGACCAGACCCACCACCUCACCUUCCAAGCCAGGGAAGAUGAAGAUGCUUCCAACUGUGCUGUACCCAUCUCCACGAGUCUAAUCAAACAGAUCCUGAGCAAAACAGGAAGUCAAGGCAACCUAGAUCUCAUCCUAAAUGACUUCUAUGGAGCAAAGACAUCCACCGAGCUGCAAUGGCCCUAUGUGUCCAAAGACAGUGACAGGCCUGUGUCAGACCCCCUGGCUCAAUGGGACAGUCCCAUGCAGGUGAAGCUGUCGUGUUGGAAGCCUGGUCUGAACACUCUGCUGGUGGAGCUCCUGCCCUGGGCGCUGCUGGCCAACCACUCCCAGUGGGACCUGUGGCUGUUUGAGGGGGAAAGCAUUGUCCUUCAGAUACCAGCCGGGAAGGUCAUAGUGCCUCCCAACUUUAAGGAGGCCUUUCAAAUUGGGAUCUACUGGGCCCACACCAACACGGUCCACAAGUCCACUGCUCUCAAACUGGUGCAUGAUAUGACCUCUCCACGCUGGAAGGAGGGGCUGAGCUCAGAUGUGGUCACCCUGGACGAGGAGGGCUUUGUGGAGGCAGACAUCACCCUCGGAGCUUCCCCAGGCAAGCAGAAGCUCUGCCAGUUUUGUGUGUCUUCAGUUGUAAGACAUGGCAUCCAAAUCCUUCUAAUCGAGGACAGGACAGUUUUGGUGAACAACACUUCUUACACUGUACUGUACAGACCUCUGCUGACAAAGCACUCCCUGGGAAGUGACGACCAGGUUUGUCAGAUCCCAGAGAGCUCCAUGCUCACCCUGCCUCCCUGUGAGCCAGCAUCUAGGGACAGAGCUUGCUCUGUGCCCUGCUGGGACCUCCUCCACACUGGAGCCCAGGGCAGUGUGGCGUUCCCUCUGCCUCUCAAACACAUGCUCUUCAGUCUCCUCCCACAGCCCGCACCCUCCCAGUGGAGCCUGCCCGCCCCAGUGCGCCCAGACCUGCCCCGCCUCAGUGUGGCCGUGCCCGGGGAAGUGGACUCUUGGGGUGGCCCGAGCAGCAGAGCUGUAGUGCUGACAUAUCAGGAGCACCUCGGGGUGACAUACAUUACACUAAAUGAAGACCCCUGCCCACGUAUGAUCAUCCACAACAAGUGCCCCAUCCCAUUGCUACUAAAAGAGACUUGUAAAGAGACUCCCAGGGCUGAGAUCUACUGCCUUCCUUUGCCUGCCAAUAGCUCCCUGCACCAUGAGCUGUACCACCACUUCUCCACUUUCCCCGAGUGUAGACAGAAAGAUGCACUGCCCAGUCUGCAGCUAAAGACCACUUCAGAUCACUGCACACCAGACUGGACCGAUCCCAUAGACGUCAACUGCCCAGGCACUCAGGUGGUGUUCCUGGCGGGCUUUGGCUGCCUCUACAUUCAUGUGUCUUAUGAGAGGGGGACUCUGGUCUUGUCUUUUGCACCAGAGGGCAGCAUGGACCCUGUAAUCUACCCACACAGCAGGAGUCCAAGGCUGUCCUUCAGAGUGCUGCUGAGUGAAGCUAGUGUGGUCCUGAAUGAUGACAUCACAAACCCGUCUGGUUCAGUGGAGCUGCUCAGACUGACUCUCACCAAACUGCUCCUGAGCUUGUCCCCAUCUCCUGCCCUGUUACCCACAAACCCUGCCCCUGCCCUGUUAUCCACAGACACACUACAGGACCUGAGUGCAGACUCUCCCUCUGUCUCUCCCCUAAUAUCCGAUGGCUCUGUGGUCCAAGUUUAUUGCUCCAGUCUGCAAGUGGACAACCAAUUAUACAACCGGGCCAGUUUCCACUUCCCUGUGCUGCUGUGUCAGGACCAGCGGGGGGCAGCGGAGAGUGGGGGCCUCUGGAGCAGUGACACGGACCCCUUUGACAGUCCUGAGUCACUGGAGGAGUUCAAAUGCUCCUGUUUUCUGACUCUCCAUGUCAACCUGGCUGCAGACUCAUGUACAAUAGAAGAGGUCAUUUUCCAUCUGCAGCCGGCCAGAGUCUACCUCGAAGACACCUUUGUUUACUACAUCAAGACUUUGUUCCACACGUACAUCCCAGCAGCAGCAGAGAGGAGCAGCACGGAGAGGCUUGGACCUGCGCCCGGAGUCCCACAACAGGUUGUCCAGUCAGUGCAGGCUCUGGUCCACCCUGUGCGGCUACAGAAACUGACCAUUGAGCCAGUGCACCUCCUAGUCAGUAUCCACGCCUCUCUGAAGCUGUACAUCGCAUCAGACCACACGCCUCUGUCCUUCUCCCUGUUUGAGAGGGGGCCGCUCUUCACCACUGCCCGACAGCUGGUGCACGCUCUGGCCAUGCACUAUGCUGCAGGAGCACUCUUCAGAGCAGGUUGGGUGGUAGGCUCCCUGGAGAUCCUGGGCAGUCCUGCCAGUCUGGUGCGGAGCAUUGGUAAUGGUGUGUCAGAUUUUUUCCGUCUGCCGUACGAGGGACUGACCCGUGGCCCCGGAGCCUUCGUCAGUGGAGUGUCCCGGGGAACCACCUCCUUUGUCAAACACAUCUCCAAAGGCACACUGACCUCCAUCACCAACCUGGCAACCAGCCUGGCCCGCAACAUGGACCGCCUGUCCCUGGACGAGGAGCAUUACACGAGGCAGGAGGAGUGGAGGAGGCAGCUGCCUGAGAGCCUGGGAGACGGGCUCAGACAGGGGCUGUCGCGUUUGGGCAUCAGCCUGUUAGGAGCCAUAGCUGGCAUCGUGGACCAGCCCAUGCAGAACUUCCAGAGGAACUGGGAGCUGCAGAGCUCAACCGGGAGCACAGCCAAAGGGGUCAUCUCCGGAGUGGGGAAAGGCAUUGUGGGAGUUUUCACCAAACCCAUCGGAGGAGCGGCUGAGCUGGUGUCCCAGACUGGAUACGGGAUCCUUCACGGAGCAGGACUGUGGCAGCUCCCAAAGCAGCUGUACCUGCCCAUAGAGGAGAAGUCUGCCCAGGCUCGUAACAGCCACCUCAAAUAUGUCUGGAAAAUGCUGCAGUCUCUGGGUCGUCCAGAGGUGCACAUGGCGCUGGAGGUGACCAUCGUGAGCGGGUCGGGGCAGGAGCACGCCGGCUGUCUUCUCCUCACCUCAGACGUGCUCUUUGUGGUCAGUCUGAGCGAGGACACACAGCAGCAAGCAUUUCCCAUCACCGAGGUGGAGUGUGAACAGGACGCAGGACAAAAGGGUGAACUGACUCUCACCUUACAGCAGCAGACAGUGACCAAUGACCCCGAGGCUGAUGGAGUCCGUGAGCGUCUGUCGGAGCAGCAGUAUAAACGCCUGGUGGACUUCGUGAAUCGCUCGUCUCAGUUUUUGGCUCCCUCCAGCUCCUCGCUCCAGCUGCAGCCCACAGUGAACCUGGCCCAGCCCCCGCCCUCUGUCGCUAAGGCCUACAGGUACCUGGUGGACCCUGCCUUUGCCAAAGUGUUUGUCAGUAAGUUCCACAUGGUCAAGAACAAGGCCUUAAGAAUUGGAUUUCACUAAGUUGAAGACAUAUGAUUUUAUUGUUCAAAUGUUUACCUAUUUGGCAAUUACCUUGAUAUGCCCUAACAUUGGUAACAUUUUAGAAUCACUCUGUUUUUGUUUAUUUUUCAGUGAAGAGUAAAAGACUAUUGUAAAUACCCAUAAAACUGUUUAAUCCUUAUGUGCUUUUGUUUAUCCUUCACAUGUUUACCAUGUCGUCCAUAAACACAGAGUCACAAACAGCUUUUGUGUCUGUCUGAAAACACUUUCUUGGCUGAGUAAUUGAUAAAUAUGCAUUUAUUAAUGUUUUUACUGCAAUUGUGAGUUGUUUUUUCACUAGAACGUUACUAAGGCUGCUUUGUAAACAUUUUUAUAUGUGAGAUCUCUGCAAACAUAGAGGCCUUAAAUUUGUCAUUUUGUAUAAAAGGAAGAAUGGGAAAACUGUAUUGAGGGAUAAAUGUCAUGGUGUUAAAAACUGCUCAUGUCUGACUCUUUUGUAAAAUAGAUUUGUUUUCACACAAAGGUGUAUGGGUUUGCAAAGCACACUGUUCCCAAGUUCACACGUAUUUAUUCUUACUGGAACAUUUGUGUUUGGGAUGAACACUAUGAAAACUACUGAUUUUUACACAUGUUAGAUUUAGAAAUGUUUGUGCCAUUCUAACAAUAACAGAAAACCCCAUUUCUCAUGUUCACAUGAGAUUUAUAUAUCAAACAGGCUGCACAAUAGUAACUGAAACAUGAAAUACCUUUUCAAAUUUCUAUUACUAUACUUUUUUUUGGAUCUUGCUAAACACAAAGCAAAAUAUAAAUGUGAAGGCCACACACAGUAGUACUAAUAAUCAGAGAAAUAAUGUGUAGCCCUGUUAUACAUUUAGUAAUUAACAGUGAUUGACUAAGGCCACAUGUCUUUGAAUAUUUUAAACUACAACGGGCCAAGUGUGUUUUUAGUGUUAAAUUGAGCUUUUGGAUCUGACUGAAAUGCUGCACGGUCUCUUUCCUCACUGUAGCUGUCCUUGUUUACUCUGUCCUCCUCCAAGUGUGUGCGAUGCCAAUGUAAAGUGCAAUAUUAUCAACAUGUUGACUGACGCUCUAUGUACCAGCUGUAACCAAAAUGUUUGUAGAGAUGAUGUAAGUGGAGUUUCUCAACACAGAAAGUGCUUAUACUUGUUGCCAAUCCCUGAUGAUGCAAAUGUGCGAUUAAUGCAUUUUUAUUGUGUGAGCUGUGAGUGAAGACUAACGCCUUUGUAAAUGGAGAAUAUAUAAGAGAAUUGUUUUAAUAAAAAUACUAUGAAACUGA